AGUAGAAUUUGCUAUGGAGUAGUCCAACUCGACAAUCGACUACUAUGUAAGAGUUGUGCCAUGCGAUGAAUGAGUUCGUAGCCAGACCACAUUAUGCGACUAAAUGGGGCAACAACUGUGGCAUGGACUGUCAUAGCUUGUGGUCCCACAAUAUUCCAACGCGGCUCGGGCCACUGCUGUUCAACUUCUUCUGCCAUUGUUCACGAGGUGUUAAAUGAGGGCUCGUUCAGACCGGUUUUCCAUAUCACUCAGCCACCAUGGAGACUACCCCCCGAGCUUCAUUUAACGACCUUCCCGCUGAGAUCGUCGCCAUCAUCGUACAAGAUGCUGCAAAACCCACUUUUACUCAAGACGAGGAAUAUGAGCUGAUGAAUCUGUACUCAACCGCUCGUGAACUUUGUCUCGUCUCCCGCGCUUUUAGGCACAUUGCACUGCCUAUAAUGUUGCACACAGUAUUACUGGAUUCUCGUAACAUGCCAGCUUUCUUGCAUGCUCUACAUAUGCAGAACGAAUACGCUCACACCUAUCCUGCUCUUCGUUUCGAGUACACACCUUACAUACGCAACAUCUGGUUUGGAGAGCGUUGUGGUGGGCGUCCCUCAGACGCUCACGUCUACAGCCGCUUUACCUCUGAGCCUGUGUCAGACCUUGAGCUCAUCGCUCCAGUACUCCUGAGCGCAUCGUCACUAGCGAUCGAGUUCUGGUGUCUAGACCUCCUGGAAUACUGUGUAGAGCUCGCAUGGGGCCGUAUGGACGACAACAUAGACCGUGGAUGUUUGCCACUUCCGUGGAACAUAAAAACAUUAACGUUAUCGAGGAUCACCUGUGAUUCAUGGGACAUGACGAGGCUUGCGUCAGGAUCAGCCUUCCUGGCAUCCAUCACCCACCUUAUCGCCAUCCCUCCCGAUGAGCGUGACAUAUCUUCACACAUCCUUUUUCGGACUAUGUGCGGUGUUGGAUGUCAAAGCUACGCUGCACCUCUGUGGAUGGAGUACGUUCCGUGGGGUUCUUUCGAGAGACUCGAAAGAGUCUCUUUGGUUUUCCCCCAAGUCAAACUCCCAUUCGAUAUACACGAAUCUAGCAUGGAACUGAAGCUACACGCGGAACUGUUGACGCUUCCUGGUUCCAGGCUCAGGGGCCGCCGCGUACCCGCCGAGGUACAAGGGUCCAAAGAUGUCGAAGAGGGGUUUUUUUUUUCGUUGAAAGAUGUUGAUGCCGAGGUGUCUGAUGAGGAUUUUAUUUCCUUAAACGACGUUCAUGUUGUGGUGUCCGAUCAUCCGGUGCACUUUUGUACUGAGUCGACUUGUCUAUCCUGUCUUCAUCCAGAUUGGCAGAAAGUAUGGGCAUCCGGGUUGCAAGCUGAAGGGAGAUGGGUGUUAUGAUACGAUUAAUACUGGGUAUAUGUAAAUGUUUGUAGCUGGCUUCCUGUAUCGUGUAUAUAUACUACGAGUUUUUCAA